UUCACACUGUGAUCCUCCCUGGCAGAACUGCUGCGAUUCCAAGAGUUUGGCUUUUGGACUUCAGUCCCUUGGCGAGUGAACUGCAGCCUGGGCACGGUGAAAGCAAAGUGCAGAGCCAGGAACAAGGUGUGAAUGACAGAGGAGGUGCCUCCGACCGCGCUCACCGACGUGAACCUGCGUCUGCUGUGCCACGAUGACAUAGAUGCAGUGAAGCAGCUCUGUGGUGACUGGUUCCCAAUAGAGUACCCUGACUCAUGGUACCGAGAUAUCACCUCCAACAAGAAGUUCUUUUCCCUCGCAGCCACGUACAGAGGCUCCAUCGUGGGAAUGAUAGUGGCAGAGAUCAAGAGCAGAACAAAGGUGCAUAAAGAGGAUGGAGACAUCCUAGCUUCCAAUUUUCCUUUGGACACUCAAGUUGCUUACAUACUCAGUCUUGGUGUGGUGAAGGAGUUCAGGAAACACGGGAUUGGUUCGCUCCUGCUUGAAAGUUUAAAAGACCAUAUAUCAACGACUGCCCAGGAUCACUGCAAAGCCAUCUACCUGCACGUCCUCACCACUAACAACACAGCAAUAAACUUCUAUGAGAACAGAGACUUUAAACAGCACCACUACCUGCCCUAUUACUAUUCCAUAAGAGGGGUCCUCAAAGAUGGCUUUACCUACGUCCUGUACAUCAACGGUGGGCACCCGCCCUGGACGAUCUUUGACUACCUGCAGCACAUCGGAUCCACGCUGGCCAGCCUGAGCCCGUGUUCCAUCCCCCAGAGGAUAUACAGACAAGCCCAGAGCCUUCUCUGCAGCCUUCUGCCAUGGUCUGGCAUUUCUGCCAAGAGUGGCAUCGAGUACAGCCGCACGAUGUGACCUCAGCGGAUGCACACAGCACAAAGGGAUCGUUCUUCCUUUCAUCUCCUGAACCAUCUGGCUCUGCACUGAUUCCAGUGAUGAUGGCUCUUGGUCAGUGACCCACCCCCUGCAAAAGACUCCUUAUUCCACAAACUGACCAAGAUUUUGCAGACUUCACCCUGGACGGGCUGUAGCCCUGACUCACCCUGUGGGCUGGAGCCCGUGAGCGCUCCUGGGAGGCUGGGCUGCCAGCGGGCACUGGGCUGAGGGCUUCCAUGUCACCGGUCUGUGAGCAUGUCACACUGUCCCUGCCACUUCCCUCGCCUCUGGAUGGUUUGCUUGGAUGUGAUGGGGAGGGGUUCAGUUGCUGCUUCCACGCCACAGCUGCUGAAAGCAGUAUGAAUGAGGUGAACUGACUGUGAGUGAGCAGUGAGCACCCUGGGAGGAGUGGAGCUGCAUGGCUGCGUCCUGCCUCGCUAGGGAAUCCAGGCAGGGCAUCUGCCCCAGGUGAGAGUCGGCCCCAGCCCUUCAGAGGAGGGGGGUGUAAAAAGUACCUGAUCCAGGAUGCACCAAGUAGAAGGCAGGGGAUGAAAUUGCUAUUUCAUAGUGAAAUAUAUAUUAUACUGUAUAGAUCUUUCUGCCUCUUUCCAAGCUGGAACAGAGCAGGGGAGGGCCUGGAGCUGUGGGACCGCUGUGGUAGGCAGAGCCCUUCCCCUCCCAGCAAGCAUCCUCCUUUGGCACUGGGGCUGCAAGCUUGCAGGAUCUUUAGGGCAGAGUGCUGCAUGCAGAUCACUACAGCUCUUUGUUGCAGAGAAGCCCCCCAGCUGCUUGCUGGGUGCUCCAGGCCGUGUUGCCACGGGGCUGCACUGUCAGCUGCCCUCCCUGCAGCCCCGGGGCUGGGCUCAGGGGCUGUGUUCCCCAGCACCAAGUAGCCAUGCUGCUGGGAGAACCCCGAGGCUCCUGUGUGCUGCAGCUGGGCCGGGUCCCUCCGUGAUCCCUGCCCCUCGAAGCGAGUGCUUUGCUGCUAGGCUGAGAGUCUGCAGCCCCGUCAGCACCAGUGCUGGAGGUGUGGGGAGCACUGUGUCCCCACUGCGUCCUCUGCCCUGGUGAAGGCUUCCCAUACUCGGCGCUGUGCUCCUCCUUCCACUCUUGUGCCCCUCUUGGAAGUGAGGCUUAAGUGAAGGGCAGUGUAAGCUGUGCAGGUUCUGGUGUGCAGGGCCAGCUCUGGUGGUGGGUGAGGGCAGGGAGCGGGGAUGAGCCAUAGUCUGGGUCAGGUUUAGACCUAGAAGGAGCAAAUGGGGUAAGAGCUUGCAGCCCUGAUACCAUACAAAGUCAUUUCAGUGUUUGUAAGCCCCUAAGAUGAGAAUUAAACAAUAAAAGGGUGUGGAGGAGAGCUCACUGCAUGGUGCUGUGCUGGUUCAUGUGAACGGGGCCAGAGUGGCCCAGUGCUGCCUUGGCUCAGAGCUGCUGGCACAGUAGGCAGCGCUGGCGCAGCAUUUCCCUGCUCUGCACAGCUCUGACUGCAGGAAGGAUUUCAGUCCGGCUGAUGGUCUGGCAGAUACUUUAUUUGGGGAAGCAGAGGCUGUUGGAGGUGCUGCUCACUUUUCUGGAAUGAGAGCAGGGCUGCUUGACAGGAGAAAGAGAAUGUGUUUCUGGGAGGAGGAUUGUGCCUGCCAGAGUGCAGUGCAGGGAGCUGCAGGGAGAGCCAGGGCUGGCACACAGUGCUGGCUACGGUGCAGCUGGGGAGGUUCUGGCUGGGCAGGGAGACCAUCCCUGGCUGGGGCAUGGAAAUGAUGCAGUGUGGGCUCUGCCUGUGGCUGUCAGCAUUCCCUGCUCGUGGAGCUGCACAGCCCUGCAGCCACAGCCCGGCAGCAAGCGCAGCGUGGUGCAGCUGCAUGCAGAGCAGAGCGUGCCAGCACUGCGCACAGUGCAGCAGAACUGCUCCAGGUUGGUUCCCUGUGUGCAUUUCCCCCCGCUAUGCGUUCAGGCAGCCCUGGCCAGGCACCAGCUCGCAGGGGUGGUUGGCAGUGGCACAAAACCUUACCUGUGCCCCGAGGGCCUCAUGCAUGUAAGGCACCGCUGCCCUUUGCCGCAGGGCCAGUGGCUGCGUGUGGGUCCCCCUGCAUGGGGCUCCCUGCCCCCACGGCCCCGUGGCUGUGCUCGCAGCGCUGGCUGUGCUUUGGCUUUGCUGUGGUGUGAGCCGGGCAGCUCUGUUACCUGCAGGCCCUGCUCAGGCUGCUGCCCCUCACCCAGCCUGGCUGCUCCCAGCGGCAACUGUGGUGCCUGCAGCCCCUCCUCAUCACAGCUCUUGCUCCUGGGAGCCCCGAAGCGCUCUGUCACCCUCAUGUGUGUAACUGUUUUUUCCUUUAGCUCCGCCACUUCCUACCUGAACAUUCCUUGUGGUUUGUAUGAGUUUAUUUAGCAACGGGAGGUCCUGCUUUUCUAUGGCAUUUAUGUCCUCUAGACCAGAAUGAAUCUCCAUGUUCCUGGCACUGAUGUGACGUUCCUCCCCCCAUCCUUCUGCCCCUGUGCACCCCAACUCCUCAGCUGCUGCCCUUAGGCACAUCCCUGGGGGAGCAGAGUGGUCUAUGUGCCAUCCUCCUGUCACCCCGUCCCCUAUGGCAUCACACCCCCACCUCACAGCCCGUUAUUUAUUGAAGAGCACCAUGCUGCUGCCGUCAGCCUCUCUCUAAACGUCUUCAAUUAAACCAAAUCUCUUUUGUGA